AUGUACUCCUCAUCCGCCUAUGUCGUUGCUUUGCUUGCUCUGUCAGGCCGUAGUGCGGCUGACUGCCUGUCAUAUGGCUAUGACUUUGUGGAUGGUGGAGGACCAUAUUGUAUCAACACGACGUCGACUUCAUACUUCACCUUCGGCACGGAGUUCUUCGGCUGCCAGCCAAGCGACGUCCAAGAUGUAGUCACUCCGAUUCUCAUUGACCCUAAUGGCGAUGAGUACUUCUGCUCCGAUAUAGGAGUGCAGCCUGAUGGACAAGAUAUGGUGUCCAUAUGUAACGUCCCCGGAAACGAGUUGACCAAGAACAAUAUGUUCUCGGGAACGUGGACUGCCAUCAUGGAAGGCUUGACAUUCGCAUACAUGCGAUCAUUCGCCGUCAUUGCAGCACCGCCAGUGGCAGUAACGUCAACCCCUACUGCCAUCUUCACCGUCACGACGGUGCCUUCAACAACGAUAACUUCGACCAUCACUAGCGUUUUCUCAACCACUGCGCCAGCUUCUACCGUCACUGUCCCCACAAGCACCUCGACCCGGACCAUCACGACAACCCCAGCCCAGACAACCGUAUAUUGGACCUCGACCUCGACACGGACACGCACCACCAGGGUCUUCUCCAAGACGGUCUCUACUACUACCGUCACCACCUCGUGCCAGACGCAAACACCUUCGAAAGAUCCACUCUGUACCAUUCGGCCCACCAAGGCUACCCUUGCAGCAGCCGCCGCGUCUAUCAGCAUCGUCCCUCGCCAAUGGGCACGGCAGUUCCAGAGGCCCGGGACAGGCCGCAGCGGCUGGGGUGGCUGGGGAGGUCACAGGCUGGCCAUGCAUCGACGAGACGAUAACGGCGCUUCCGUUGAUAUGGGUCCAGAUAUGUGCACCGUUACUGUUAUCGACACUGCAAAGGCUGUCUCGUCGUACACCACUGUUACAGCACCUACCAGCACUGAGACCGAUACGGAAAACACGACAACCACCACCACUGUUACGCCUCCACCAGUUACGGCUUACAGUGGCAAGGCGAAGACCACGACCACCAUCACAGCUCCAACACCCACACGCACACGCACUUCUCGUACUUACGAGACUGUUUGGACAACAUCCACUGUAUGGGCAACAAUCACGUCGACUGUCAAGACACCGCCCUCUGGAUGGGUCUGUGCUACUACGGCAGCGCACUGA